GGCCAAAAAUGGCGUCUCAGGCAUUCGGCGGUGACUCUUUCCCGCCUCUGGCGGGAGACUCCCCUCUGCCAAUUUUCAUGCACCACAGCUCUGGCGGCGAUUGCCUGCCAAGCACCUCCCACGGCCACAGCAUGGUCUCCGCAGUGUCAUCCGGGCUGUCCCUGGGUCAACCGUCCAAGCGUUCUCAAAUGCAACUCUCCGCAAGCUCCCUGGGAAACCCUCUUGGCAACAGUCCCCCCAGCCUCCAUUACCCAGUCACGCCGUGUCAUUACAGCAACCAGCAAGCCACCUAUGGCAUUAUGGCAGCUCAGGAGAUGCUCUCCGCAAGUAUUUCUCAGACUUGUAUCCUGCAAACAUGCGGCGUCCCUCCGCCUAACAUGGUGAGCGCGGCAAACCCGCUGCAAGGUUCGCUGACACCGUGCCUGUACAAGUUUCCAGAUCCCGGUCUAAGCGGCAGCUCCUGCGCGUUAAGUCACGGUUUCUCCUCGCUGCCCUCGGCCCUCCUGCUAACUGAUGAGGUCCCCGGGGGCCCUGCUGUGGGCGAGAUGAAAGUUACCAUCCAGAAGAAGAGCAUCCGGGAGCUGGAGGACACCCCCGCUAUGGACUCUCCACAGAUCCAAGAGCUGGAGAUGUUUGCCAAUGAUUUUAAAAUAAGGAGGAUCAAACUUGGCUACACUCAGACCAACGUGGGCGAGGCCCUUGCCGCCGUGCACGGUUCAGAGUUCAGUCAGACCACCAUCUGCCGAUUUGAGAACCUGCAGCUGAGCUUCAAGAACGCCUGCAAACUAAAGGCCAUUCUGUCCAAGUGGUUGGACGAGGCUGAGCUCGCUCGAGCUCUGAACAAUGAUAAAAUAGGAAUAAAUGAGAGAAAGAGGAAGAGGAGGACAACUAUCAGCCUGGGCGCUAAGGAGGCUCUUGAGCACAGCUUUGUGGAAAAAAGUAAACCAUCCUCCCAGGAAAUAGCCCGGAUUGCAAAAGGCCUCCACCUGGAGAAGGAGGUUGUCCGAGUGUGGUUCUGUAAUAGGCGCCAGAGGGAGAAACGGGUCAAAACCAGCCUCAGCUCCUGCUUGGCCAAAAUGAGUACAAACUGCAUCGGACAGCUGACUAAAACGCAUCGACCAAUGAUAUAAAUCAAGGAUGGGUUCCUAACAUUUCACUUUUAUUUUGACAGUCGGUGAG